AUGCAUGAACCCCGGAAGCACCAUUUUGACACAGCACGCCGGCUCCUUCACUACCUCAAAGGAGCUCCUGGCCAAGGGUUAUUAUUCUCUUCGAAUGGGCCACUACACUUGACUGCAUAUUGUGAUGCGAACUGGGCACGACGUCCUUUUACAAGGAGCUCAGAUAUUGGAUACUAUAUUUUUCUUGGUAGGCCUUUCUUGGGUACGACUACGUACCAGCCCGUUGAUAUUCCAUGGAUAGCCCCCACCUACAAGCCCACCCCUCGCUUUCCAGCCAACAAGACAGAACCGCAAGUUUCCUUUGCUGAGCUUUCCACCAAGUUUCCAGCCACCUUGGACUCCACCAUCAGUGUUGAAGUGGCUAGGCCGGAGGAGGUCAGAAACCAGAGUGAUGCGGAGAAGGCGAAACUAGAGGAGAUGCUGGUGAUCCGCAGGAUUGAGUUCCCAGCGAAUGUGCCCGUCAGGUUUGAUGUGUAUGUGAAUGAUGAUGCGAGCUCGCCCAGCGAGCAGGACAAGUCCGAGUUUGUUGGUAGCUUUGUGCACGUGCGGCACAGGCACGGCCAUAUUAUAAAGACCAAGCUGACGUCAGGGAUCACGCAGUUGUUGGAGGACUUGGGAGACGCAAAGGACGGCAGCGUGGUGGUGACCUUGGUGCUAAGGAACGGGGAAGGGAAAAUCACAAUUGUGGAUUCUCCAUCGAGCUUUCUUCUUGCCAGUCUGACUGGUGCUUGCAAUCUUUGGAUGUGA